UAAUUCAUCCUCUUUUACCAACACUAUUUUCCUGCAAAUCCAGAGUCGAACAAACAAAACCUUGCACAACAUGGGUUCACAAUACCAGAGCUUAAAAGGGCUUGUCUCCUACAAAAGUUGCUACGACCCUUCAUCUCAAUUCAAGAAUGGUUGAACUUGAGAACCACUCGUCUCCUCCUCCUGAUCCCUCAAACGAUCCGGUUCCUCCACCACCACUAGAUCCAACAACCCCACAUGCUCAAACUGGGUUCAAUCCCAGCAGAAGUAAGUUGAUUGGUAUCAUCAGAAGGAAGGCCAUGAUAAAAGACUUAGCUGCUAUAUACCAUGCAGAGUGCCUUGCAUAUUGUCAAGAACUAUUGGAACUUCAAAAAAAAGCGGAAGAGUCAUUAAUUGAAAUGAAAGCUGCAGAAGAUUCAAGGAGAGAAACAAUGAGGCCCCCAAAACGUAUGAAGAAAGCCCGUUAGCAUCUAACAGGAUGCAUUUUUGGAUUUUUGGAUUUUUGGUGAUUAAAUUGGGAGCCAUAUCUUAGUUUCUGAUCCUGCAAUGGUCUCUAUGCCGUGCUAUGUGGAUGGAACCACUAGGUACUAAUCGUAUAGCUCAAAGUCACACAGAUACUCUAUUUUGUAGGCAGUAGAGUUUGAUGAUUGUACAGUUAUAUGCAGAAUGUAACCUUGUUUACUGUAUGAGUAGAAAAUAGCAUUAACUGGUAAAGCUUGGCUGCUAAACGUCUACAGCAAAUUCUACCACAAGAAAACUGAGGAGAGAAAA